UAAGUAACAUAGGGCGGUAUCGUCGAAUUUGCUCGUCAAUGUUCUCUAGUUUUUUCAGUUUAAUGGGACUUCUAGUAAAGCUCCUCAGACCUCGAUGGAUGAAGAGUCUUCUCUUAGUUCUCCUCGCUUACGGCCAGAUAAUUCAUGUUGGUGGUCUUCAGUGUAGGGUUGGUCAAACAGAGGUUAUACCACAUGGCAGCAGUCAACCAGUAUGCUGUAUGGACAUAACUUGUUCACAAGGGACCCAAGCCGAACCCUGCAAUGCAGGUGACCCAUCAUCUUCCAGCUGUAUCCCCUGUCCUGAAGGCCAAUAUCAGACCUGGCAAACUACCCUUAGUGACCGCUUAACUUGUUCUGUGAAUUUGAAUUGUACGAGUAACCACAAGGAAUAUGUCAUUAGAGGGAGCUCUACCACAAAGUCAGUAUGUGGGACAUGCUUGGAGGGAUUCAAAGAAACUGGUUUCCAUACAUGCAUUGAAAACAUAUGCCCUGUUGGACAGGAACCUGAAGGAAAUAGUUGCCGAUGGUGCAGUGUGGGCUAUUUUUCAGACAAAGAGGACAAUAAACCCUGCAAAAAAAGAACAAUCUGCGAAUGCAUGUUGAUCGAGGGCAAUGAAACGAUGGAUAACAAAUGCAGUCAAGAUAUUUCUCUAUGCAGUGCUGCUGAUGUCGAGGUAGAUGCCUCCACACAAUCAUCUCCUGUGAAAGUGAAUGAGGGACUGGCUGUAGGGCUAAGUGUUGGUGGAACAGUUGCAUUUCUAUUAAUAAUAUUGGUUUUGGUCAUCAACCGACAUAACAUACGUGCAUGGAUGAGGAGGAAUCCUGAUGCUACCUCUACAGUUGGAUCCAACAACCACAGAGAUAUUGAAAAUGGCAGACAGUCAGAUGACGUUGACACCACAGGUCGACCUGCACCAUCAGGUAAGUGUAGUGUCAGCAGGGUUAGUGUGUGCCUGGUCGUGGAAAUGUGGGAUGCUCAGUGCCAGUGAGAAGUUCAUGUAGUUUUAGUGACCAUUCCCACAGAUAUUUGGAUUGAUGUAUCUCCCUUGGGAGGCUUAAAUGUCUGU